AUGUCAGGAAGCUGUAGAAAAUUACCUUAUAUUCGAAUACAACCUUCUACCUUACAGCCCUCUAAAUGUUUAGAGGACUAUAGUAAGCCUAAAUCCAAAAGAGGUUUAUUUAAAUUUCGUAAGUCUCCUCCUGUAAUUAAAGAAAAACCUACAAAUUGCGAAAAGAUUGAACCUAUAAAAGUAAAAUCAUCUUUUUGGGAACGUAUUUUUGGAAUUCACUCAAAGAAAUCUUGUCCACCAUUAUGUGUCUGUCCAAUAACUUAUCAGAAACAAAUGGCAUUGCGCAAGCAAGAUCCACGUUUGUUAAAUCCAUGUUACCAAUUAACUCCUGGAGAUGUGCUAAUUUAUACAGAAAUAAUUAAAACUAAAAACCAAGAAUGUCCUGAACCACAGCCAAAACCACACCAUCUGUAUAAACUUCCUAGAGCUGUCUUAAGUAAAACAAUCAUAGCGAAUAUUGAAAAAAAAUUACGUCCUUAUUCUGCAUUACAAUGUCGAAAUCAUAAUUGCAAAAGUAAUAAAUUUCAAAUAAAUCCAAUUCCAUUCAAAGAAAUGAGACCAAUGGAAAAAGAAAAGUGUGCAUUCACUUGUAAAGAUGGAAUUACGACUAAUAAUAUAAUGCAACCUUUUAAUACAAAAAUGAAUCCAUAUGGAAUAUCUUUUGUAAAAGUCAUAAGAAAUCCCAAACAUUCAUUAAGCCAAAAUUUACAAACAAAAUCAACAUGUGAAACUGAAAGAAUAUCAGAUGAAAAGAUAAAGGAUCAAAAGGAUGAUUUACAGUUGAGCGACAUAAAAGAUCGGUAAUUAAAGUUCACUUACUUUUCA